AGAUGAACGGCUCGAUCGACUGCGCGAGACGCGAUGAGAUUUUUUUCGUCACACUUUUUGUACUUAGUAGCUCUAAAAGAUGAGGAAUUUAAAGUUGUUUGGAUACGGGUGACUGUUUGUUAGCUUUUGGCUAUUUGCGAGAGAUGACAGAAAAUUGCUAGUUAAGUAUAUGACUUCAAAGUUGAUGAAACCAAAUUUGUGUUGGCGCCAGCAUUCGUAAAUUUUCGGUUGUGUUUCAGUUAACAGAAAAUGGCUGAUUUUCGUCCCGGUAGUUAAAAAGUCGGAAGAAACAAAAAUUGUGCAUAUGACUAAACGAGAGAGGACUGAAAAUGAUGCAUUUGCGAUUAUUGAACCGACUCGGUAACAAUGUGAUAUUUCAUAACUACUAAACUCAUGGAUGAAACACUGGACUUUUGGCUUUUUAUGCAACCCAAGCUCUUCGUAACGGUUUGAGAUUCAAUUUCUACUUCCUGCUUCGAAGGACAAAGACGUCGUUUUUCCUAUUUCAAAAUGUGAGCCAGCUGUUCGGCGUCCAGACUCUUCCCGGCAUGACUCAAAGCCACUGGUCUCACGAAUCUACUGGUAAUACAGAGGCCUCGAGGCCAGAGAACGGGAUCAGACAUGACGGAUGAGCUGAACAGAGCGUCGGCCGAACCGGAGACGACCAAACCGGAAGAGACCGUGUCGGUUGGAGCAAGCGUUGUUGCUGUCGCUGAGGAUGAUGGAGUGGAGAACGGCGCACCUGGGAAGGGGACGUUCGAGUCGCCACCUGAUUGGCUGAAGCCAAUGGAGGAGGAUGAAGAUGAUGGUGGUGACGGUUUCAAGAGCAGUGAAAGGAUCGCCAAAACGGUCAAUAAUGACGUUCCUAAAGUAAAACGACGCAGAGGUCGGCCUCCGAUUGCCAGAAAUGCUAGACAUGGACUUACCCGUUUAGAUUUCAAGAAAGGAUUGCAUGCAGAUCACCCUAAAACUAAGACUGUUCGAACCCUCCUGGAAAGAUCUCGUUCGAGUUUCACAUCAAGAACUGCCAUUCCCGUCCCAGGCCCAGCCCGCACACCCGAGGUUUUACCCCAAACACCCAAAAGCACCGUUCACAACCCGACACCGGCACCCAAAAGACCCCGACUCAUCCCCGUCUCACCUACAGGGAACAGCAGCCUCUCCAGAACCCCCAUCGCUGAGUUUCGCAGCCCUCCGUGCCUCACGAGAGUCUCACCGCUCAAUAUCGACACAUCUGUGGCACGCAAUUUCAUUCACUCUCCGGCUGUAAAAGUGGGCAACGUUUCCCAACCGAUAGUUUCCCCUACCGGACCUGGGAAAGAUAGCACUGAGCUGCCCCUUCGACUCUGGCUGUGUCCUCCUCUGGAGCCCAUCAGUCCGACGAAAUCUCAGGAUGCAUUCUCAGAUCAGACUGUGAGCUCUCCGAACUUUCCAGAGACGAUGCGUAACGGAACAGCGACCCUAAAGGAAAGUCUUCCUUUUCUCAGUAAAUGUUUAAGCUGCGGAGGCCCAUUUUCUGCUCACAAGAUCGGAGACACAUUGUGCUACAGAUGCUACAGGAUUAAACCAGAGAAGAAGCACUCUCCUCCAAAUAUCGUGUUUAGGAAGGUGGGGCAGGAUCAAUGGGAGGUGGGGAAAACAAAACAUCCAGGAAAACAAAUACUGAAACAACGUCCCAAGUACAAGAAAAUAGUCAAAACGGAUUUCGUCCCUGAUGGUGACGACGAUGAGGAUGACUGGGCUGCAAAGAAACGCAAUCGCAGGAUGUGCAGGCAGUGUGUCGCGUGUCUUCGCGAAGAAGACUGUGGCAAAUGUGACUUCUGCAUGGACAAGCCCAAGUUUGGUGGCAGUAACAAGAAAAGGCAGAAAUGUCGCUUGCGUCAGUGCAAGUUCCAGUCGAAGCUUCACGCUCAAAGAGCAAAUGGAAUGCUAAAUCCGUCCCUUCCGCGAAGGAAAAACGUGAAGCCCAAGCUCAAGAGACGCGGGAGGCCACCGAGAAAACUCAAAUUCAAAAGCGAUCCUUGGGAGGACGGUGACGAGGCGUCCGAUCAGGACGAGGGCGAAGAUGCCUUGAGGCGUUGUAAGAUGAAUGGAAGGAAGGGAGGAAGGAGGAAAUGGAACUACACUUUCAAGGAAGAUGAAGAAGAUGUAUUCGUCGAGACCGUGAUCGAUGAUGACGAACCGUCCUUCACAGAGGAGGAUCCUGGUGUUUUGGGCAGUGGGAGGUCAGUGAUGGCGUCUAAUGAGAUGUACUCGAACGCCUCUGGACUCAACGCUCAGGGAUUAUACUACAGCGUGUCAGGUGUGCCGGCAGCGCCUCAUAUGCUUGGAUCAGUACCUCUGUGUAACAACAAUCCACUGCCGAUGGGUGAGGUCAUCAGCUCUCUGCCGAUGGGAGACGAUGCCGCUCAGAACGGUUUUCUUCAGAUCGAGAUGGUGAGGGUGGGAUCACCACCAUCGCAUUACACAGAAGAACCACAAAACACAGAACAGCACGUGUCAGAAUUUCACCCGGAGCCUACGCCGGUGAUCACUCAGAUCUUCAGUCUGGCAGGAGGAGAGAGCGACUGCGACCGAGAUCAAGGCCUGAUGGAGCUGUUCACCUCCCUGAGCCAGACGGUGCUGCCCGCUCACUGGGUGGGCGUCAUGGCCAAAGGCCCCGUCCUCCAGCUCCUGCAGUGCUCCAAGCUCUCCACCAUGGCCGACACGGUGGUCCAGAUCGAGAAGGGCUUCUUCUACCAGGUCAGCGUGCAGAACCAGCCUCUGCUGCUGAUGCACGCCGUCUACUCGCGCCACCCCACCUGCCUGGAGACGGUCAAUGACGUGGUGUCGCUCUUGCUGGACCUGGAGAGGCUUGGCGUGUGCGUGGGCUACCAGAACUUCCACAUGGGUCCGCCGUGGGAGCCCAGAAUGAGCGUGAGGGCAGCUCUGUGCGAUUUGCUCGUUCCCAAGGACGAGGAACAGUGUCCAAAAUGCGCACAGCCCGUGGAGGGUUGAACGGAGGAAAGUUCACUGUACGAUAUUUGAAGACUCUUACGCCAGUCAGUUCUUUAUAGUGCAGUCAGAGCUGUUUUUUGACCUCGUGAUCAGUCGACAUCUAAAAUGGUGCUGCUUUUCUUUUUUCUUUUUAGAAGUUAGUGACACAACUUUCGAAAAAGAGCUCGCAAAACACUUGAGUUUUACCAAAAUCCCUUCUUUUCGUUGCUCUCCAGUUGGGAUUAGGUCAUAAAUACAUUCAGUUCUCAUUUAAACUACCUCUCAAUUACUUUAUGGACCAAUUGAAACCUUAAACCUCCCAGGUGCCCUUAUUGUAGUUUCUUGUACGUUUGCUGUAAGACAGUGAAAGGCAUAGAAGCUUGAUUCCGCCGUGGGAUCAAAAAAACGUAGUCGCACCUUUUUUUAUCACCAAUUCAGAAUUUCUUUUUCUUGCAAUUCUGAGUUCAGAUAUUAUAAUCCAGACUAUUUUUUUAAUUGUAGCUGCGACACAUAAACUCAGAAUUCUGAAAAAAGUACCAUUUGCGGAAUAUGAACUCGCUACUGCAAGAAAAUAACAUUUUUAAAUAAAUUAUUAACGGUAAGACAGAAUUUGGAGUGAAUUAUGUAAACUUGAAAUCGCAAGGAAGGAAUGAAUUCGGAGUUUGCAUCUUUCAAUUCUGAAGGUAAAAAAGGCACAAUUUUGAAAAAGAAGUCGGUUACUGUAUUUUUUUUUAUUUUAUUCAUUUUUGUGGCAAGAACAGGCUUCCGGUUUCUGUGUUCUGUACUGCCUUUGUUGAAUUUUUAACCAAAAUCAUUCUUUUAAAGUAGUCAGGUUUUGUGUGGUUUUUAUUAUAAAAAAUUAUUUUUAAAUAAUGUAUUUAAUUUUUACCCCAAAGCAAGCACACCGUCUUCCAUUAUGUGUGUUUUUUUUUGUUUUGUUUUUUUGUUAAGGCAGGAUUUUUAUCACAUGAGUGUUUUUAAUGCAAUGGAAGAUGCACUCUGGUCUUUUUUUGUCCCGUUGUUAAUCACAACUGCUUUCGUGUGACUGAAUUGUGUUGCACAUGAUAAAGUGCAGAAAUGCAUCUGUGCGCAUUUAUGCUGUUGUGUGUAUUAUUCCCAGCCUACAGUAGACAUCCACCUGGAGGACAUUUCACUUAUCAGCCUUUAAUACGGUUUACUGUACUGUAUUGUAAUUCUGCCUAGGAGAUAAAUUGAUGCAGUUAACAUUUGAAUAGUUUUUAAUUUCAGUGCAGCGUUUGGUUUCGUCAUUCCUGAGUGAUUUAGAUUAAAAUGUAUCUUUUUUUUUUUUUUUUUUUUUUUUUACCUCUACCCCUGGAGAUCUGUACAAAUAAGCUGUAAAAUAUACAUAGUAGCCUGAAAUUAUUUAUAAAUAGAGGAUGUAAGAUGGAGGUGUUUCUGAGGGCAUCUCUGUAUUGUAAAUCUUGCUCUUUUGGUUUUGGUCCAUUCAACCACUGAGUUCAGUUUUUGAAACACUGUAAAGUAAGAUUUUUAUGAAGGGUGGGAAAAAUAAAGGUUUCCUUUUUUCAUA